AUGAGCAGAGGGGGUGGGGAAGAGUUGAAAGUGGGCAGAAACCAGUACGAGAAGAUGGGCAGUGAUGUCACCAUGUUGUGCGGAGCUCUGGACAACAGCACGUCCGUCACAUGGAAAGUGAACGGCACCGACGUGAAGGCCCCUCACCGGGUGGAAGGGCCCAGGCUCCUGCUCACUCGCGUCAACAGCAGCCACAACGGCCUCUACAGCUGCUUCCAGAACCCCCACGGAGAAAGGCGGGACUCCAUCAACCUGCGCAUCGGACGUAAGUGCACGACCGCUACACGAGCAUCGCCAGAGGUGGACAAUGGUGUCAGAAAUCAACAUCGGAUCAUGUUUUUGGAGUGUUUUAUUAUUCAGUGA